UCUCUUUUGUUACACCGUUCCCCUUUACUAUAUUGUGUGUACUUUGCUUAGGUGGAUGUAAUUGAUGUGCAUCAGUCUGGGAUCUGUAUUCUACUUGUGAACAGAUAUAUUCCAACUUGAAUGUAAACAAAUUACAAGAUUAUAGUUUAGAUGUUGUGCUUCAAAAGGAAAAACGUUCGUCCUAGUGACAACACGGCUAGUUUAAAGCUUUUGGCGGCCCAGACAUUGAAGAUAGCAAGUAUUAAUGGCUUUAAAGAAUUAGAUGACUUGGAAAAUGAAUUGGAGGAGGAAAUUGCAUGGGAAAAUCGAAAAACUAGAGAUACUUUGGCUAAGAUUCGGAGAAAAGGUGAACAUAUUUUACAUGCCAAGUUCUGUCUCCUAGCUAUCGUUAUACUCAAUGUUGUAGAUUGCUGUCUUGUAAUAGGUGAACUACUAGCUGAAUUUCAUCAUAUGAAUCAUAAGAUUCAGUCUAAGGAUUCUAAUGCCGAUAAAUUUAUUCACGAACUACAGAUGCAAUACCCUAAUCAACUCGACAACAUUACUGGGGAUGGGGACACAAUCAGCGGUUUAUAUAAGAAACUACUUCUUUCUGAAGUCUGCUGGGACAACGGUACAACGCCCAUCUGUCCCUAUUCUGCUUUGAGAUCGGCGGCGACGUUCAAGAACAAAACCUCUGACUAUCUUAGAACGGAGCAAGUUUUUACUUUACAUUAUGGGAAGGUGCAUUAUCUAGAAGAGAAAAUUAGUCACAUUUUACAUUACAUUAGUGUUGCUAUACUGACCAUAUUGGUGAUUGAGACAUUUAUAAAGAUUUUUUGUACAGUGCCUAGAUUUUUCAAGCAUAAGCUGGAGAUAUUUGAUGCGUUCAUUGUGGUGAUAUCUUUAAUUCUAGAUUUAGUUUAUCUUGACGGAUUUGUUAAUAUUGACAUAGGUGACUUCGUCGUAGCAGUGUCAUUCAUUUUACCAUGGAGAAUUAUUCGAAUUCUUAAUAGUUUAAUUGUUGCUGUAAUGGAGAAACAAAGAUAUUCUCUAAAGAUAUUGUACAAACAAAAGAAGAAAGUGGAUAAAGUCAACGUAGAACAUACAAAUAAAAUAGCGGAACAAAAUAAACAAAUUGAGAAGCUAAAAGCUAUUUGUGAAUCACAUAAUGUACCAUCAUGGGAAAUACAGAAAAUUGUGGGUUUACCAGAGAAAACAUCUGCUUUAGGUAAACUUGCCUUCCGUGCAGCAGGCAGUUUGACGCCAGCGCCAAUGACACCAGCUAAUAGCAGCACCCCUAAUCUAUUUUCUACAGACUUUACAAAUGGUUCGCUACGUAGUUCUAAUAACAGCACAACCUCCCGUAAUGCCCCAUCUGGUCAUCUGGCCAUUAACGGAAGUGCUCCGCAACUUGGAAACGGGGACGUAACUCUCGUUGACGAAGGAACAAAGCCAGAAUCAAUUAACACACCAAAUGACGAUCCACCAGUUUCAUCAUCGGACAAAUUAAACGAAGACUCACACGUUUCAAAAUUGUAAAACGUACGGGAACGUUUACAUUUAUUGCUGUUUACGAUAAAGUUACAAUACCGGUAUUGAAAAGUUGUUCGUAGCUGUUUUAGGGCUCAUUCGUUUGUCUGUUUUAUAGGCAGUUUGUUUUGAUUCUUCUGAGACGAGAAAGAUUAAUCUGAGAGCCACAUUAAGGGAGAUAACUAGAUUACUAUUGGUCUUUGUUUCUUCUUCUUCAAUGAAUAUCGAACACUCUCGAAAAAAUCGGAUGAAGACAAAUCGUGUGCAAAAUGAACUUGAUCGUGUGUGUUUAAUAAUUGUUAUUGGCUAUGAUAGGCGCAUGUAAAAACUAUAACCAUAGAUAAAGUUUUUUGGACGAUAAAAGCAGUAUGAAUUUUACAGACAACAUUUGAAAGUUGAACACCAUUUUUAUAAAUGGCGGCUUCAAUCGGGCUGAUUUGGUGGACAGAAGUCUCUAUCUGCAUUUUAUUUGUAUUUAUUUAUUCUGUAUAACACUGACUCUCUUAGUCUCUUGAAAUCUUGAAAUCAUAAGGUAACCUUUAAAUCCACCAUAAAUUGUCAUAAUAACAAAUAAUCAUUACGAGACACUCUGUCACCGGAUAAAGCAAUAAACUAUAACACAUAUGUAUGGAAGGACAAGUACUAAUUUCUUUGGACGACGUUUCCAAGAGUAUUCUCUCAAUACUAUAUGAUUCGCCUUUUGCUGCCCCUAUUACGGUACAUUAUUAAGUUUGUUAUUAUAAAUUAGUGCUAUAUUGAUAAUGUUAAAGGGGCAACAAUCCAGACAGUUCACAUAGUAAAGAUGUGUACUAUUUUGCUUGGAAUUAAGACAGUUCUUAAAAUGUGGUUUACUGUAUUUGAGUUCCAUUUCUUAUUGACGAUGUUAAAGACAGUCGAUCUAUUUCUAAGUUUGGGUUCCUGUCUGUAUUUUAAGUAGUUCCCUUAGUUUCAUUAGACAUGACCUCAUUUGCUUUAAAUUUUAAAGUGCAGAAUAGGUUGCAUUUAAUAUGAUAAUGUUUCGCAAGACCAAUGUAAUUUUCUACAUUAAAUUUUUACGUCCGUUGAGAUAGAAUUAGUACACUUAAACUUCCGUAACUUUGUGGAAAUAGCAAUUAAUGAUCCAAAGCUUGCUCUGUCAUAUCGGAUCAACCGAAUCCAACGCUUCUGGGAGUGUGUCUGAGAUUUUAUUGUGAAAUAUUGGGUAUUAUAAUAUAGGUAUAGGUCAUUUGUAAAUAGCGGUAAAAUAUAUAUUAUUUAAAUCUAUGCAACGGGGAUUAGUGUCUAUAUGCAUUUUGCUGUAGUUAAAUAGUUAAAUAGUUUAUACCUUGUGGCUUCAUUUUUAGUUUUAAUCAACGCUGAACAUGAUUAUUAGUAUACCAUUGAUUUAAUUUAAAUACUAUCAUUUUUUAAGCGUGCCCUAAUUUUAAUAUUGGAAACCAUUUUGAAAUGUACUUAACGGUAGAGUCUAUAAAAGGGGUGUAUUCUAUGGAAUAUAUAUCAUACAAAAUAAUUCUAUUUAAUAAGUACCAUGCUUUAAAAGCGCCGAGAUCUUAAUUUUUAAUAUUGGUACCUUUUUUUAAUAUUGGUAAGCGUUUUGAAAAAAAAUGUACUAAUAUCUUUAAUAUAGGAGAUGAAUUCUCGAUGAUAUCUAUUAAAAUAAUUAUAUAUAAUUAAUAUCAAUAUUUAAAGGUACCUUAGUUUUUAAUGAUGGAAACCAUUUUGAAAAGGAUAAUCGGUAUCUGUAUCGUUAAUGGAGGAUGAAUUCUCCGUGACGUCUAUCAUACAAAUUCAUUAUAAAUAAUUGGUAUCAUGUUUCAAAGGUACCCUGAUAUUAGAUAUUGGAAACCGUUUUAGAAAUUCAUUUACAGGUGGUGUCUUUAACGGGAAUUACUUUUUAUGUAACUGCUGUCAUAAUUAAAGGUGAUGUUGUUUCUUUAGAUACCCCGAUUUACUGCUAUACACGGAAUAUGUAAAUAAAACGCAAAAUGGCGCCUUGUAAAAAUAUUUCAAACAGGCUACCGAAUUUGUUUCUAUUUUAUUAUGAUAUUCAUGAAUUAAAGUGCUUUGUAAUAUUAAACAUAAUCUGUCUUUAAUGCUCAUCUAAGACAUUUUAUGCAAUAUGUUUUUUUUAUACAUAAUAUGACUUACGGCGAUCUCGUUCUACAGAUUUUACAUUCUUUUUUCUUAGAUUAAAUGUUAGAUAAGCUAUAUUAUUCAAUGACAUUGUACAGAUCUUAUUAUUAUGCAAUUAUGUAAUAAUAAUGCAAUUACAUAUACAAUAUAUAGAUACUUACUUUGAAUAACAUUACAAAGUUUUUGUUUAUUUUUUGAUAAAAUAAAUUCUUUAACUUA